AUGGCUGGUAAAAGAAUCAGAAGUGGCCCGGAUGCCACCGUUCCGCCAUCCAAGAAACCAAAGAACUCAAAGAAAAAUGAUACAAGCGCCGCACUUGAAAGGAGACCAUUCGUGGAAUCUCCCAUUGGCCCUGAGCGGGCUCGAGAAUCAAACCUUUAUGAAGCUCUAGCAAGUGAGCUUCCCGAGGAACGAAACCCAGCAGCAGUAUGCAUCGUCGCCAACCUGAUUGGCAUCGAGCCCGUUCCUGAGGUGAUACUUGAACGUCACCUUAGGGAUCGCUUAUUCCGGGGCCUUGCCAGUGGUCGUAAGGCAGCUCGAGUUGGUUUCGGCGAGGUGAUCACCGAGAUUCUCACUGAGAUGUGGGAGAAGGAUCUCGGUGACAAGUACUAUAGCGGUCUCACAUUUGAGAGGCUGCUGGAUUUUUUGGUAACCAGCACUGAACCCACAGGGAACAUCCCCGGCCAGGAAGAACGCGACCAUUACAUUGGGCGGUUAUUCGGUCUUCAUACCUUUGUCAGAUCCAAGUUUGCUCUCCAGGACAAAUCCAGGUGGCUCGCAGUUCUCCAUUUGUUGCUCGACCUUGCCUACAAGAAGGCCUCGCUCAGGUCAGCAUGUGCCUCUACGGUGAUUGAGGCAAUUGAGCAGAUACAAAAGGACUGGGUGGUGUCUACGCUCGAGAAAGUCUCUUCGUCAGGUCUCGCCAGGACCCCUGAAGGAGUGGCUUUCUGGUUGGCAGGUCUCGACCGCUUUCCUGAACUCUCUAUCAAACCUUGGCAGCAUCCGUUGUCAAGAAAGUCUCUGAACGACCUCGGGGCUGUCUUAAAGGAGAGUGGCAAUGCGGGGGACGAGCUCGGCCAGGGUUCAAACAUCAAGCAGGGCAACCGGAUGGCAGAGGCGCACUUCGUGUGGGAUAAGAUCAUGGCCCAUUAUAUCCAGGAUCAAAGCAAAACUGGGCACAACCCCAAGGAUUUUGAGGUUUUCUGGAAGGGGGUCGUCAAUGACCAUUUGUUCUCAAACAAUGCUACUGACGGACAGAAAUAUAAGGGCUUCAUGGUGUUCCAGAAGUAUUUGACCAGCCUGGUGGAUUAUCCUUCCUUCUUAGAAUCACUUUUCACCAAGAACCUCAUGACAUGUCUCCUCAACCAAGCUGCCAAUAAGGACAGAUACCUUCACCGAGCGGCAAUCAAGACUUUGAAGGUCCUAGAGAAUACAGUCUCGGAACACCCCAGCACCUUAGUGCCUGUUCUCAAGAAUCUCAUCAGUGAAAAUGGUGUUUACAAUUUCGACCAACGAACCAACACCAAAACUGUGGCCAAAUUGCUUCAGAGCGUCAACGAACAAAAUGGUGCGGCAUGCCUCGAGAUUAUCCAAAUUCCAAUUGCCAAAUUAGGACAAGAGGAGAGCCAAAAAGCUCGGGUUUUCUUGGAGACCUACCUGGACUACCUAUCAAAAAUCUUGGUUGCAACGGGGACUUCCACAUCUGAAAAUGCUUCUUCAGAGACAAAGCUCGCAUCCGGUGCUGCUCUUCAAGAGUUGUCUGCUCUCGCAUAUUCUCAACCAAAACACAUCCCAAAGAAUCUGUUAACCGACAAAGUCAAGGACCUGUGCAGAUCUCGCUUAGAGUCAUCCUUGGCCAAACUUAUUCGCCAGGGCAAUAACCACACUGUUCUCUGCAAUGCCGUUUUAUCCAUGGAUACUGAUCUCGUUGCCAUGGAAGACGAAAUUGCGACAGCCAUGAAAGAGGCCCGAUCUCGUCUCCAAAAACUUCUCAAGCGGACCUCCAAAUCCAGCGUUGAGAAAUCGCUAACACACGGCUUGGCACUACUUCAUGCAGUCUCUUUAUUCCAACUGUAUAACGAAGACCCGGAUGCCAUGGAAGUGUUGCAGGACCUCGCACAAUUCUCUGACCGGUUAAAGAAGGGCAAACUUGAGAACGACGAGGGUAGCUCAGAGCUUCUCAUUGAGAUUCUCUUGUCAAUGGUGGCUCGCCCCUCCUCACUCAUGCGGGAAGUCUCCCAGCAGGUGUUUGACACCUUCACCAGUCAGGUGUCGGCGGAGGGACUAGAGCUUCUUACUAGCCCACUAGCAUCCGAUGAGAGCGCCAAGGGCCAGCAGGAACUCUUCAAUAUUGAGGAUGAUCAGAUGGACGUUGACGAGGAGGGUGAAAAUUCUGAAGACGAUGAAGAUGAUGACGAAGACGACGACGAUGAGGAGGACGAGGACGAGGACGAGGAUGACGACGAGGAUGAGGAUGAAGAUGAAGAUGAAGAGGAUGGCCAAGAGGGCAAAAAGGAUGAUCCAGUGGAUCUUGAUGAGCUCAUUGGCAAUAUUCUCAACAGCCACCGCUUAGACAAGGAUGCAGAGGCUGAAUCAUCCGAAGACGAUAACGACAUGUCUGAUUCGGAAAUGCUCGCCCUCGACGAAAAGCUGGCCGAGGUGAUCCGGCCACAUGUCAAGCGUGCCAAAGACUCGAAGAAACAAAAGAAGGAUGCGAAGCAAUCGGUCGUCAACUUCAAGCACCGCAUCUUGGAUCUGCUCAAAAUCUACAUCAAAAACGAGACCCUGAACCCACUGUCAUUCUCCCUGCUGGUACCCCUUCUCAACCUCGUACGCACGACGAGCACAAAGCCCCUGGCCAGCCGGGCCCACGAAAUCAUCCUCGACUACCGGAAAGGUCUCAAAAAGGCUCUGGGCAACAAGCAGGAGUUUGACGGUUUGUCCACGGACGACCUGCUCGGCGUCCUGAUCCAGGUCCAUGAAGAAGCCGGCAACGACAACUCGAAUUCGCAUGCUUAUGCGAAGGCUGCCAGUGCUGCCAGUCUCAUCGUCGUAUCGGCAAUGCUGUCCAUCGACAGAGACUCGUGGGAGCAGGCCGGGGCCGUCUAUUUGAAAACCGAGGCAAAGCGUUUUCACGGAAAGAUUACGUUGCAGCGUUCCUUCUUCGACGAAUGGAGCAAUUGGACUCGGACCCUAUACCCAUAG